UUGAAACCGAGAAGCCAGUAAGUACAAGCUUGGAUUUCAAAUCUACCAGAAAACACAAACUUUCAGACAAAGCUUUUACCAUGUCACGUCCAAGUUCGGCUGCAAAGCGAUCUUCCUCAUUUUCUUCAAAUGGCGGUCGAAAAUCUGCAGGAAGUUUGCCCAGAUCUUCAAGUACGGAAAAGCCACCCUCUGGAAAGACAAAGAAUAUAGCACAGGGCCUUCUGAGCAAGGAAGAGGAGUACAUGCGACUCAAUGCUCAACUGGAGGAGAGAACUGCUAGUCUGAUAAAAGAAGCUGAAGAAGUAAUGCAUGACCAAGAUGAGCUUCUUGCCAGACCUACCGCAUCAGAAGUGGAAUUAUCAGAAGACCUGAAAGACCUUCUUCCCUCAAUGGACUUUUCAAAUGUAGAUAGACCUUCAUCAUCAGCCUUCAAACAGAAACCCGAGGGCAGUAGUAUAACUACAACACAGACAAGGCCUGUGAGCAGUACAGCUGGCAAACAAGGAAGUAGACCUACCUCAAGAACAAAGAAAAGAAAGCCAAAAUCUAAAAUAUCAUCAGCACCUGGAAGUGUAACUCACACUCCUGUACCCUCUGAUGACCCAAUAGAUAUGCUUCAGGAUAGGAUAACUCUAGCAAACACAAUCAGCACACUGGAAGAUGAAGCCCAAGACUAUAAUUAUACAACAACUACAACUGAUGACAGUGUUUUGCCAGUUGGUGCUGAGGAGAUGGGUUCAGAAGCUACAAUCAGGUUCCUCAAGGCAAAACUGAGAGUUAUGCAAGAAGAACUUGACAGGGUAGUAGAGGAAUGUAAUAAAAAGGAUGAAAAAAAAUCAGCUAUAGAUAAAAAGGUGAAAGAAUUGACUGAGGAACAGGGCAGAUUGCAAAAAACAAAUCAGGGAUUACAGUCACAAAUUGACAAGUACAAAAAGCUUUAUGAUGACUGCAAACACAAGAAUGAUGGGCUUGAGCAACAAAUGGUGUCUUUAAGAAAGGAUCUGGACUCAAUACAGAGAGAACAAAAGCAGGCAGCUUCAAAUAAAAAUGUCACCGAAGUAAGAUUGAAUCGUGCCCUCGAAGAAGCAGAGAAGUACAGGACUGCUCUACAAAAAGCCAAGAGUCAGUCAAAGGACUCUGGUGAGCAGGAUAGGAAACGCAUCGACCAACUGUUGGCGGAAAACAAACGCCUUGAGAAACAGAAGAACGAAUUGAUGGCUGGCUUCAAGAAACAAAUGAAGCUUAUUGAUGUUCUAAAACGACAAAAGAUGCACAUAGAUGCGGCCAAACUUCUUCAGUUCUCAGAGGAAGAGUUCGUUAAAGCAUUGGACUGGGGAAACUAGAACAAGAAGAAUUGGUCAAGAGGAACAGACAUAGAGAAAAAACAAGAAUGCUUUUUGGCUCGAGAAAAUUACCGUCGGAAGCCAUGGACAGUUUCGCUUAAGACUUGUUUUACGAUGUGUUCUUCAGUUCAAAACCUAACUUAUUUUCAAACAUGCAUUGUACAUAAUAAACGUAUCAGAAAUG